AUAAGCGCAAACAAUUGUGUACAAAAAAAAGUAUGAAAUUUAUAUAAAUAAUAUAAAUAAUAAUGUUAUGCAUUUGAAAAUGUUUUUUGAAAUUGCUCAACAGUCGGCUAUUCGAGCUUUUACUUUAAAGGGGAAACAAAAUCCGGAAGUUGUGCAUGCAGUGUAUUUGGGGUGACCCUCAGUUUUAUUUUUUUGACGGCGCCGAAAAGAUGGGAGUAAAAAUCGAAAUAUUUCGGAUGAUGGUGUAUCUCUCCUUCCCGGUGACGAUGUUCUGGAUCUCUAACCAGGCGGAGUACUUUGAGGAGUACAUAGUGAAGAGAAAAAGAGAGAUUUUCCCACCAGAUGAGAAAAUGCAGAGGAAAGAGUUGGAGGAGUUUAAGGAGCGCAUGAGAGUCCGGAGGGAGCAGAAGAUGCUGAAACAGCUGGCCAUGGAGGAGAAAGACCAAUCAUGAUAGGAAAAAGAGAUGAUGUCACUGUUCUGAGAGAGAGAGAGAGAGAGAGAGAGAGAGAGAGAGAGAGACUGUGCUGAGGGGUAAACAUGCUGAUAUACAUGGUGUGUAUUUUGUGAGACACAAAGUAAACUCCAAAGAAAGACAGGAAAUGUACAGAGUAAAUAUGAAAUCUCUUCAUCUCUGCUGAAUCUGCAAAAUCUGAAUUUUGUAGAUCAGAACAUUCAGGUAUUCGGGUUAUUUAUUUCUAUUUUUUUAAAUAAAAAUCAUCUAUUUUUUUUUUUUUUUUUUUUCUGUGUUCAUUUGUAAUUAGCACUGAUAUUUUUCAGAAACGUUAACUAAAUGAAUUGGAAUAAAGUCUGAAAAUUCCAUCCUGAGUGUAGGUUCCUCUCAGCGCUCCUCCUCGUGUCCUACUUUAUUGAUCCAGUGUGUGUAGCUUCAGGAGGUUAUUGUUAUAUAAGGAGGAAAAUCUACAUCCAAGAAUUUAGCAAUUGUGUUGGUUUAUAAAUCAAAUUCUAUAUGAACACAAUGUGGGUGUGAUUCUGCAGAAUGACCUGAGAUCCAGUGCAACUUUCAGACUACAAAUAUCUGAUCUAAAUUUCAAUUCCAAUCACUGAGACUCAUAGACUGGGGGUCAUUUACAUUAAUCGGCUGACACUUCUAUUCAGAAUGACUGAUUUGUAUAACUAAGCAGUUAUAAGGGUCUCGCUCAGGGACCCUGAUUGAGGAUAGGUGGUGCUGAGAUUCGAACUCAUGAUCAUCUGAUACAAGUGCAGACACCGCAACCACUGAACAACCUCUUCUCUGAAAGAUCAAUGAAAUCGGUAGUGAGAUGAUUACUGUAUUGUUUUGUGAUGAGGUGUGGACCAUGAAUAAAAAAAAUUCUUGACUUUUGA